AUGCCGCGAAGCAAAUCACGAGAUCGAAGACGUCGCACACGGUCAAGGUCUAGAGAUGACCGUCGGGAUCGUGAUAGACGUCAUCGUAAAGAAAAAGAUAGAAGGCGAAGGCGUGAUUCAGAUAGGGUUGUUUCUGAUGAUGAUAUUGGACCAUUGCUUAAGAGAGAAAGAAGUGGAACGAGUGGUAACCUGAAUUCACCAUCAACAUCGUUAGGAGCUUUGGUAACUGAGUUAGGAUCAGGAGUAAAGUUUGAUGCGUCGCAGUUGAGUCAAGCAGCAAAAGAAUGGUUAGAUGCUCGAGUUACAGAACAGGUAAGCGCAAGAGUAGCGGAUCUGGAAAUGCUAGUUCAGGAACGUGUUGCAAAGGCGCGAACAGAUCUCGAAUCUAGGUUGCGUUCACAAAUUGAGCAAGAAAUGAUGCAUGAAGUUGAAGAAAGUCAUAGAAGAGAAGAAGAAUCAAAGAAGCGAUGCGCAGAACUUGAAGUUAGCCUGGGGAAGAAGAUGAAAGAACUUGAAGAGAUAGAAAAAAAAUUGAAGCAGGAACGUUUGCUAAUGCUGGAGACAAAAAGCAAGCUGGAGAUGGAGCGGAAUGCAUUGGUCCAAGAACGAGAAUUGUUAAGCAAAAGUGAGCAAAAAGCGAUAUUGAAUAAAGGUGGAACAAUGAGGGCGCCAAUCAAGUUGAAACUUGGCUUCAAAUGA